AUGGCUCUCUGCGAGAUUAAGUUGGAGCGAGCGCACAAGCUGAUCGGUGGACUGGGAGGCGAGAAGGCUCGAUGGGGCGACAAUGUGGUGAAACUGACGGAGCAGAUGGAGCUCCUGCCUGGCGACUGCAUUAUUGCCGCCGGAAUGGUCUCCUAUGCCGGUCCGUUCACGUCGGAAUUCCGCACUUCUUUUGAGCAGCAGUGGCUCAAGGAGCUCGACAUGGCUGGCAUCACCCAUAACGAGGAGUGCAACAUGCGCAGCGUAUUGGGGGAGCCUGUGAAGAUCCAGCAGUGGGUGGUCUACUCGCUUCCUAACGACACGCUGUCCAUUGAGAACGCAAUCAUCAUCGACCGCUCCCGCCGGUGGCCCCUGAUGAUCGAUCCACAGAGACAGGCCAACAAGUACAUCAAGAAUAUGGGCAAGGACAUCGACACAGGGUUCGAUGUUUGCAAGAUGUCGGAGUCCAACUUCCUUCGCACCCUUGAGUUGGGCAUCCAGUUCGGAAAGUGGAUUCUACUGGAGAAUAUCGGGCUUUCCCUGGACCCGGCGCUGGAGCCCAUUUUGCAACAGCAGAAGGUGCGAGAUGGGUCUGGCUUCACCAUCAAGCUGGGCGAUAAGUCCAUCACCUAUGCCGACACCUUCAAGUUUUUCAUGACCACGACUCUGCCCAACCCACACUACUCGCCGGAGACUUCUGUCAAGGUGACGCUGCUCAACUUCGCCAUCACGCCAACUGGCUUGGAGGACCAGAUGUUGGGCAUCGUGGUCGCGAAGGAGCGGCCUGAUCUCGAGGAGCAGAAAAGCCAACUGGUCAAAGACAAUGCGAAGAUGAAUAAGCAGCUGAAAGAGAUUGAGGAUGAGAUCCUUCAUCUCCUUUCAGCCAGCGAGGGCGACGUGCUGGACGACGACACCUUGGUCGACAAAGUCACCGCCUCCAAGCAAGUUUCUCUCGAGAUCGGCGAGAAGCAAGAGGUCGCAAAGGUCACUGAGGUGGACAUCGACAACGCCCGUGAGCGUGCAGCUCAAGCUUCCGUCGUGUGCUGCAGAAUGCUGUGCCGUGUAGCGGAAAUUGCUUGUUAUAGAGGGGGGGACAAGGCCAUGCUGCGAGCUGUACCGACUGCAGUACCGCUACGUGCACAUGGUCCAGUCUUGAUGUUUUCUGCUCACACGAAGAUGUACAAGGCCGGCAGGGUGCUUUCUUCGGCACCCUCGACACUUCUUCUCACUGUCGGCUUGGCCUCACAGACGCGAAGGCUGCACAUUUCAAGGUCCAAACAAUCAGCUCGCAUCACGCUCCACGGAGUACAGAGCGGGGAAGUGCGCAUUCAGGAAUUCUUGUCUGGCAAGCUCGGGAAGGCGAAUGCCAAGCCCGCCUUGGAUGAAGACGCUCAAAUUGUGGCCGUGGAAUGCAGUCUUGAUGGUCAGGGCCAGAAGCUGUUGUGCACAACUUCGACGCAAAACACUUAUACCUUUGAGAUUCCAUGUACUGGAGCCCCACAGGAUCAGCCAGCGAAACGGGUUGAGGCAUCUGCGGGGAAGCAAAUCAGCCAUCUGACGUUCAAAGACUGGAAGCUUGAAUCGGCCAAGGUCUGCGAACAAGAGGUAAGUCUGCAAGAGGCCACAUCUCUGGUAAGCGAAAUUGAGGAGAGAGUACAGGGGAAAAUCUCAGAGCUUAAGUCGGAGGCUGAGCAGGAAGACGAUGCAUCUUCAGGGGAAGCCCGGGAAGAUGAGCUUCGUGACCUGCAGCUUCGCAUGCAAAAGGCGCACCACUGCCUUACCGAAGGUUUGCAGGAGCGCGCUGUGGAGGCAAGACUCCUGUUGCUGGCUUUCCUUGGCAGUGAGAAUGUCCUCUUCCUGGGUCCCCCGGGCACUGCGAAGAGCCUCCUGGCUCGGCGCAUGGCACGCGUUUGUGGUGGCGAGUACUUUGAGCGUCUCUUGACGCGCUUCUCUGUCCCCGAGGAAGUUUUUGGACCGUUGUCCUUGAAAGCCUUGGAGAAUGACAAGCUGAAGCGCAACGUGGAAGGCUUUCUGCCCCAUGCGGAUGUGGCCUUCCUCGACGAGGUGUUCAAGGCGAACUCUGCGAUCUUGAACUGCCUGCUGACUUUGUUGAAUGAGCGGGUUUUCGACAAUGGGGACACGCGAAUCGAGGUGCCGCUGAAGUGUGUUGUUGCUGCCUCCAACGAGCUGUUUGAGGGAGAUGAGCUGGCAGCUUUGCACGACCGCUUCCUCCUGAGACACAUGGUCUCUCCUAUGACGCGUGGAGCAGCAGCUGCCUUCCUCCAGGACUUGCUGGCACGUCCGUCAGCGCCCAACGAGCCUUUUGACCUCGACGGCGAGAGCGAGGAAGCAAUCCUCACAGAGGAGCACAUCAAACUUGCCCAAAGACUGGCCAGUGAGGUGGCUUUUCCGGAUGACUUGCAGGAGAUUAUGAUCGACCUUCGGGAUUUCAUGGCCGAGAACGACUGCGUGAUCUCGGAUCGCAGGCUGGCAAAGGCCGCUCUGCUCAUCCGUCUUGCAGCCUGCACUGCAGGUGCUACGACUGUGUCGGAGUCGGAUCUCAUGCUGCUGCAGUAUAUGUUCUGGGAGAAGGAGCAGGACCAGAUCGAUGCCAUCAAGAGGUUUCUGCUGGAGCGGGUGAAGGGUCGGCGGACGGCAGGCUCCAGUGCGACUGAUCUCGAUGCCAUGACGCACAUGUUGACCAUGGUCAAAUUCAAGAUGGGCCCUGCCAUGCGCAUGCCUAAGAGCCCGCAGUUCGCGCAGGCUGGGCAGGCAGCGACAACCUUGGUACAGGCCACGAUUGACUGCUACCGCUCCGAGACACAGACUCAGAGGCGGAGAAGUCUCGAAUCGGACAAAGCUUCUGGCAGCGAAGCAGCGAAGGACUUCCGCAACUUUUGGGUGGACGAGGGAGAUUCGCUAUCGGUUGAGGGUGAAGAUAGCAAACCCAUGGACCUCAAUGCAUUGGAGGCUCUCUUGCAGUCCGCUUGGGAGCUCGACUUUGCUUUGCAGUUGUCGGAAGAGAGAAGAAAAGCCUGCUUGGCGAUCCUAAUCGGAGGGCCGGAGGUGGUCAUGGCCAAGUGA